UGAGCAAAGUUGGAAAGAGAAACCUGUUGUCUUAACCGAGGCAAAUUAUUCCAAGAAAACAGCUCCUCCGGCGCAACUAAGAGAGAUGGAGAACACCGAGGUGGUGAAACCAGAAACUCUGGAUGAACUGAUCAAAAUCCUGCAUGAAAUCUUCGAGAGUGACCACAUCAAUGUGGAUGAGGUGAAGGCUGUGAUGGAGGCAUAUGAGAGCAACCCCCAGGAAUGGAAGCAGUAUGCAAAGUUUGACAAGUACAGGUACACAAGGAACCUGGUUGACGAGGGCAACGGCAAGUUCAACCUCAUUGUCCUGUGCUGGGGUGAAGGCCAUGGCAGUAGCAUCCAUGACCACACAGACUCCCACUGUUUCAUGAAGAUGCUGCAGGGUGAGCUGAAGGAGACGCAGUUCGAGUGGCCGGACAGUAAAUCUCAGGGAGAUAUGGUCCAGAAGUCGCAGAGAAUUCUCCAGGAAAACAAGGUUGCCUACAUAAAUGACUCCAUUGGCCUGCAUCGUGUGGAAAAUGCCAGCCACACAGAGGGUGCUAUCAGUCUGCACCUGUACAGUCCCCCUUUCCAGACCUGCCAGACCUUUGACCAGAGGACAGGGCACAGGACGACUGUCAAGAUGACAUUCUGGAGCAAAUUUGGAGAGAGGACUCCUUUUGAGACCACGGUUUCCCAAGAGAACAACUAAUGGCCACCAAAGGAGGCUCCGGAUGUAAUGAAGUAAUGAAAUUGCAUUUAAAAUGGCAAUGUUGUGAAAUUGAUUCAAGGAAAACUGCUGGGGAGGUGAAAAGUGGAACUGGUAUGACUAAGCAACCCAUUUAAAAAUCAGGAGCGGGCCAGUUCAAAAGGACAACCCAGUAAUUAGAAUGGCUUUAUCGCUGCCCAGUGUGAGCUUGGCAAAUUCUGAUGAGCACAGGACGAAUGCAUGAAUAGGCUUGGACAUGGAUUGAAUCUGCCUUUUGUGUGCUGGGCCUGAGGAGACCCUUGUCCAAUAACAACAUUCCUGUCUAUCCAUGACCUGUGUAACCACAUUUUUGUAAAGUUUUGGCCCAUAGUCGAAGAGUAGAGCUUAAAAAAGGGGGGGUGGUGGUGGUGGUAUUGCUAUUAUACUGUGUCGCUUCAAUUUUUUAUUUCAAGAAGAGGAAACCUGCUCUGCAAUCAACAAUUUUGUUCUCAAUGGAGCACUUUUAUAGCUGUAUAUUCUGUCAGUUUAUACCACUCAAAAUAGUCUUAACACCUGUUGAAAAUUGUGGUGAAAUGUAACAUUGUUUGUACAGUCUAAUUGAAAAAGUUUGUUCCAUUUGCAUUUGGAAAAAGAAAUGUAAAGCUUUAGAGUUGUGUUAUUUUUAAAAGUGUGAUGCUUGUAAUUUAUUUACAGACUAGUCUGUUCAUGGAAUCAGCAAGCUACCGUGUUACUCCUAAAUGUGUUCAUACUCAAGUUUUGACAAAGAGAGUUUUAGGGAGGGACUAUUUUGUAUUUUUGACAGACAAUAUGUUUAGAUAAAUCUCAUACAUUUUCUCAGGAUUUUUUUGGCAUAUUUUGAUUGUAGCUGUAUUUAUAUAGUGUGUAGUUUCACAGCAUAGCACCUCAUAGCACUGUCACGCAUGCCUGCUUUCUGUGAUGCAAUAAAUGAUCAAUUGAGCUGUAAGUGUCAACCAUUAAAUAUGAUUACCUGUUCACAAAA